GGCGCAAAUAAAGAGCUGGUUUGGUCAGGGAAACCUCGAAUCCGAGGAAAAGAUUGCGGAAUUUCCAAAACGGUUCAUCGUACCAUCAGAGCUGGUGAAGUCAUAUAUAGAUCACUUGAAACAUUUAAACUAUACCAAGCAACUCAGAAGUGUGGCAGCUGA